AUGAAUUUAUUAAAUGAAAUAUUACAAUUCAGUAAGCUACUUACCUCAGCAAAUGGAAAUGAUGUUUUCAGUUGGGAUUCCAAACAUUUAAAUUUUGUUAUUCGAUAUGCACGUACGAUUGAAACUAAGUUAUUUGGAUUAUCAAGGGAAAAAACAGAUCUGAUUCAACAACAACUUGAUAAUGGAAUGACCAGAAUUAUUAAAAAACAAAAACCACCGCCAUCCUUAGAAGAGUUAAGAAAUGCUCGUUGUUUAUUGUAUAAAGCAUUGAUAAGUAAUCCUAAAUUAUCAAAUAAUUUGUAUUCUUACUUGUUAAAAACAUAUGGGUUUAAUGAUGAUAAUGAAAGAAAUUCUUCUUCAAAAAAGGAUAUUAUAACAAAGGCAU